AAGACCAAAAUAAUUUCCGUUUCGCGAUCCUGCAAAAACCCAAAAAGCAUACACAGAGUGAGGGGGAGAGAGCGAGAGAGAGCGAGGAAGGGAGUGCGCCCGAUUUGUCUGUACCCUUUUCUUCACUUGUCUCGCUCGAGCUCUCUCUUCCUCUCUCAGGGAUUUCCCGACUAUCUUGAAGGUUUUGGAGGCCUGUGUAUCUAUACCUUGAGAAGAAUGGGCAGUAACGAUGCUGCUAAAGUUCCUAGAAUCAAUGAGGCUGAAGCUUCAGAAAGCACCAUUGAGAUCAAAAUUAAAACCUUGGAUUCACAGACUCACUCAUUGAGAGUGAAUAAGCAGGUUUCAGUCCCUGCUUUGAAAGAGCAGGUAGCUUCAGUCACUGGGGUUGUCUCUGAGCAGCAGCGUCUGAUAUGCCGUGGGAAGGUAUUGAUGGACGAUCAGCUCCUGUCUGCCUACCACGUUGAAGAUGGUCACACAUUGCAUCUGGUUGUGAGGCAACCGGUUCCACCAUCAUCAGAGGGGACGCCCGCUCAUGCAGCCACAAGCCAUAGUCACAGUAGCCAUGUAGCUCCAGGUGUCGUGAUUGAGACUUUCAAUUUGCCUGAUCAAGGGGAUGGGGUUCCCCCAGAAAUCAGUCGGAUUGUCUCUGCUGUACUCAGUUCUUUUGGAAUCGCGAAUCCAGGGAGCAGCAAUGAAGGGAGAUCUGAGAGAACAUCAGGUGCCAGCAGUACGUUACAUUUAGGCCAGGCGCCAUCAGAACAGUCUGCCAUGAGAGGUCAAUCUGGCAGAUGGCCUGGUGCUUUUGGACUUCCUACAGCUAUUUCUAUGGGGCAACCUCCAGUGAGCUCUUUUGCAUGUUCGUUUUUGCAGGUUAUGCCUGAUUCCUUGACAACUAUGUCCCAGUGUUUAAGUUAUAUAAAGAGUGAAUUUGAAGACAUUGGUAGAGGCAGUGGAAACAAUGCCCAAAUGUCUGCUUCAAAUAGACCUGACAAUAGAGACCCAACCUCUGCAUCACAACCAGGAACUAUACCAGAAGGUCUUCCAACACCUGCAUCUUUGGCUGAAAUUAUGCUCUCAACUAGACAAAUGCUAAUUGAACAAGUGGCAGAAUGCUUGCAGCUAUGUGCGAGUCAACUCCAAAAUCAGGGGGGUGUUACUGAUCCAGUGAUGCGGUCAAGCACUCAGAAUACUACCAUGAGAAUGGGGGUGCUUUUUCACUACCUGGGUGCUUAUAUACUGGAACUUGGUCGCACUGCCAUGACGUUGAGAUUAGGUCAAACAGCGUCUGAAGCUGUAGUCAAUGCUGGACCAGCGAUUUACAUUUCUCCCUCUGGUCCUAAUCCUCUAAUGGUUCAGCCUGUACCAUUUCAGAUGGGAACAAGUUUUGGCAGCAUUCCAGUGGGAAGUGUACAUGGCGGAUCCAGCUUUGGGGGUGUUGGUGCAGGGUUCCUCCCAAGGCGAAUUGAUAUUCAAAUUCGAAGAGGUACGGCUGGAUCAAAUGCUAAUGGAGAAGAUAGUGUCAAUAUUCAGCAACCAUUGGCCCCAAGAAGCGCUGUUUCUGCUACUACGGCGGCUGCGGCAAACCCCAGUGGAGAAAAUCCUAUUAGCCUCUCAUCUUCAGGGGCCUCUGAGGCUCCCAUUCCAUCUUUUAAUGGAGAGUCUGGUGUACGGGUAGUGCCCAUCAGAACCAUGGUUGCAGCAGUCCCAACUCCCUUCAGUAGACUGUCAUCAGAUUCUCCCAGUAACUCAGCUGGGAUAUACUAUCCAUUGAUCGGAAGAUUUCAACAUGCUGGAAGUGUGGCUGGUGAAAGAGGAUCCCAUGCUUCAUCUGAGCAACAUCCAACUCUUGUGGAAACUGUACAGCAAGCGAUACCUGAGUCUUUGCUUCACCAGCAAACCCCUGCAGAUCCUGGAAGAGAUGGUUCGUCUACAACCGAUCUAGGAAGGCAGGAACCAUCUGUUUCUAGGAGUGUAAACAUUAACAUUAUUUCCUCUGGUGGGUCACAAACUGAUGGAGAAACUGAGAGACAAGUCCCUGGCAGUGUUGUUCAGUUUCUGAGGAGCCUAUUUCCUGGUGGUGACAUUCAUGUAGAGGGUUCCAGCAUCGAUGGGACAGUGAUAGGAUCUGCCUCUCAGGAUGCGGGGACAUCAGCUGGCACCAUGAAUGCUCCAGAAUCAGAAAAUAGACCAAGUGAAGAUGGAAUAUUUCUAUCAAAUUUGCUUCACCAGAUCAUGCCCUUCAUAUCUGAACAUGCAGCUGGGUCAAAUCCAAUGAGCGUUGAAGAAUCAAACACGACAGCGCGCAGGACAGCUCAAGAUUCAUCCACUGAGCCUGAGGUGUUUUUGCAGGCUGAGAGCUCUGAUAUUGAGACAUCAUGUGGGCUGAAUGAUCUUGACCAGUGUCCUCCCAACGCAAAGCGUCAGAAGAGAAGAGUGAUUUAUCACGAUGCAACAGAUUGGAAAAGUGCAUACUGAGGCUGCAACUGUUGAGCAUUAGAUUUUGUAUGCGAGAAAACCAGCUAUGCAGUUUCUUCAUUAGCUUGGUGACGAGAAUUCACAGAGUGCGCCUUGUUCUUUUUCUUUGUCGAGCAGGAAAGCAUAGAGAUUCUGGGGAGAGAGACAACAGCAUUUCUGCUGUAUAUUCCUUUGUCAAACUCUUUCCCUUUUUUCAUAUAUCCCAGAGUGAAAGCUGUGUUGAUAAGGUGAGAUGUCACAAUGUCCUAAGAAUUCCUUUUGUCUCAUGAUAUAGCUUGGAUUUCCUUCUCAUUUUUUCUGUCUCAUUGUGUUCUGUCUUUGGGAGCAACUUGAUCAUACCUGUGGAAAUAUUUCGGACACAUACAGGAACGUCAAAGGGAAUUUUCUUUUUCUUGUCUA